GGUUCCUGGUGGGCUCUGUCGCCGGCGUGACGGGUCCAAGGGCGCCCCGUGAGGGCAACAGAGGGGCCGGACCGUGCGACCUCACAGUUCUCUGGCCGGAGUGGCGGGGACAGUUUAGAAAGCUUCGGGCCGAGUCCAUGGGAGCGAUGCGUUCCGCCUGGCUCGGAGGGGCGUUUCGGCGCCUUCCCUAGCCAGUUAAUGGGAGAGGGGUUCUCUGUCCUGUCCCAACCAAAGUGAGAAAGGCUGAGGAGCUUUUGAACAAGGAAACAGGCUCAUCUUUACAGUUCUUGUAUCCGAGAGAGCAGCUUAUGUAGAUAUUCUACGCUGGAAUCCGUGGUGCUUAGUUCUGUGGAAGGAGGGGAUUCUCCCGGUUUUGGGAUUGGAGUGUGGCCCUGCCGUCAGAGAGCCUGCCGAGUUCCGGGUUGUGCAGCCAAACAGGAAAAGGUGUACCCUUCUAAGAGCCACCCUCUUGCAAUCUUGAAGCUUAAGAAAAGAUGUGGAGUGGACUGCUGCCUCCUGGCCUAAAUGAAAGUGAUAUUGAAUCAAAUUCUGAAGAUGAGGCCACACCACAGAACUUUGAUCAUAACUUACAGGGAGAAAAAGAGAUUGGGACCGUUAGAGAAAUAGAAAUCUCAGGUUUGUCAGCAGAUGGAUCAAAAACUGAAACAGAGGCAAGAGCAAAUGCAUAUGAAGAGUGCCCUUCUGGAAUUCCCUUAGAUAUGUGGAAUAAAUUUCAAGAAUUGCAUAAAAAACAUUCUGAACAGAAAACUUCAGCCUCAAGAUUCAGAGUGAGAAAGAGAAAACGCUCCAGAAAAGGUAAAUUGAAGAAUGAUAAAGAAUCUAAUAGUGAGCAGUCCUUAAAUGAAACCCAGUGGAAGGAGCUUACUCAGUACUUCGGAGCCAAUGAUAGAUUUGAACCCCCUGUUAAAAAGAAAAAGGUUGAAAAGUCUGGCCUUGAAAAGAAGAUAGACCAGGCUGUGGAGGAGUGGGAUGUUGAGAAGGCUGAGGAACUCAGCAACCAGCUGGCUACUCGAGAGCUUGGUGUAAAAAUUGCCAAAGCAAUUGCCUGUCACAAGUUUGUAAAAGCCAAAAAGGAGGCCGAAAACUCACAGGCUGCUCGAAAAAAGAAGAAACUCGCAUGGGGGUUUGAAGCAAAGAAGAGAUGGGAAACCAAAAGCAACAUGGGAUAUAUGUAACUGGGCAGAAUUCUUCAAGACACAUGUAGACUUGUGUGCUUAAUUUACAGAAAAGAUUUUUCUAUUUAGGUCAAAUUUGUCAGGAAAUCGAUAAAAGUAAGAAAAAAUAAGCAUAAAUCUUGGGAGUUGAUUAUCAGCUCUUUUAAGUUUUAUUCUAAGGGGUUCAUUCUAUUGAAGUGAUGGAAUGAAGUAUUUUGUUAUUUAUGUAAGAAAUCUAAGCAUGCAUACAAGAAAAGAAGGUAGAAUUUUAUUUAUUUGUAUAGACUUAGAGUAUAAAGUCAGUUUUACUUUUUAUCUGUUUGGUAUAGCAUAGCCUGUGAGAUCCUUAUACUCUCUUAUCUAUUCUUGGCAUAACUGUACUUUUUCUGGAAUUACGUUUUCAAGAUUGGCUUCUGUUUAAAAUAGAUUAGUCAUAAGUGCAAAAAAGUCUCAGUUGAUGCUUUCUAAAUGACUGUAAUUACCUUAAUGCUAUAAAAACAAUUAUUGAUUCUUUAUUGGAAGCAAUGGCAUUGUCAUUUCAGAGUCUCAUAUAAAAGCAGUAAUUUUUGUGUACCUUCACAUGAAAUGAUUACAAUGAAAAAGGGACAAAAUAUAGUCAUUGGAGUUUCAUUGAAAUUGAGCUCUGCCUAGAAUAUCUUCCUAUAUCUCCUAGCCAUGUCAAUCUUUAAAUUAUGAGAUGGUUCUUAGAAAAAAAAGUGGUUUGACUGUACUAGACAGUUAUAACCUAAGAUAACUGAAUCAUCUAAGAACUGGUUUGCUUUUAUACUCUUUCCAGUUACUCCUUAAAAAAUGGAGUGGAAUGUUUAUUCGUAAAGAUAAGAAAAACAGAUGAAAUGAAUUAAUGCUCAUAAAGAGAGGCAUGGUACCACAGGAAGUAGUUUUCAUUAGAUAAGUGUUUCAUUGUGCUAAUGGGAAGUUGCUUUGAGAAGUCAUACGAUAAGCAGGUAAAUAGGAUCACAGUUGGAUACUAUGAAAAAUGAGUCAUUAUAAUUUAUUUUUAGAUUUAAAAUAUUAACAUAGUUUUAUUAUGGGAACAUUUAAAUUUUUUCUGUGUUCUAGAUUAAGUGUAUAAUUAGUUGCUGUUUAAGAGUCCAGAAGUCAUAUCUUGCUUCCAUUUAAUUGAGAAAAGUCAGUGUAGAGAAAGCAAGUAUAGGAGAUUGUACAGCUCCUAAUUUAUCAUGCAAAGCUACCCAGCCAAAUUUUGGAAUAUUGUAUAUUUUAUGAUUUAAAAUGGGCUGUCGUGUUCUCUUGCUAUUACCAUAUACUGUCUGCUACUGCAUCCCAGCUCAGACUCCUGCUGGUUUACUGCAGACUUACAUGUGGGAAGCUCUCCUUUACAAAUCCAUUGUGGGAAGUAUCCAUUCUGCAAUACUGGCUUUGUUUGAAGUACGAAAAUGUUACAUUUGAGCAUGAGGGUGGUGUAGAUAUUCUCCUAAGUACAAGUGUUUCCUACCCUGGAGCCUCUGCCUCAUUUUCCUUUUUUCCUAGAUGCAUGUCCUGAGGGCAUUAUAGCCCCUCCAGGCAUAUUUCCUUUCUCCUGCUGAGGCCUUGCUGUCCUGGCCGGUUGUAGUGUGUUAGAUAGGGAGCUUCUGACCCAAUCCCUCUGACCCAAGUCCACCACCUAAGCCCUUCACCUCACUUGGGGCCAACAGUUCAUCUUCAGUACCUCACUCAGGGCUCUUGUGUCCUCGGGAACUUUUUAACUGAGUGGAAGGCAGUAUGGUGGGACAGAUGAGGCAGCCACAUCGCCUGAGUUCCUACCUUUUAGGUUGUGUGCAAAUCUUCAAAACAUACUGGUAUAGCCAAAGAGUGGAUGGGAGAGAACAAUUUGGAGGUGAGGAAGGAAGUGGGUAUCUUGGGCUGACCCUGCCAGCACCUUAUUAGGGAACCAGUUUACAUGAUCAGCUUUAGUACAAAUUAGACAUCUUACUCAUUGAAGCAAUAAAAUGGGAGCUUUAUCCCUAGAGUACCAUUGUUGACCAAGGAGUCAUUGGACUUCUCCAUUCUGGUUGCAUCGAAAUAAGGGUUCUUUUUGGAUCAGUAAUAACUUCAGUUCCUGAAGCUUCAACAUGUGCAUUUACCACCAGAAUGCUUGAAUUAGAUUAGUGAUGCAAACGUCAGUUAUUGUUAACUAAGAUUAAUAUGUUUUAGGCCAUUGGCAUGGCAUUAAUGUAACUGUGAUUUAUUGUUUAAGUACUUUAGGCUAAAACAGCUUACUAAAGAACAGUAAUUUUGAGCUUUAGAGCAUUGGUUCUGAGAUGUAAAGUAGAUAGUGCAUUCUUAUUUAGGAGCCUCGGGAUGUUUCUGAUUUUCAGCAGAGCAGUCUCUUUCACCAAAAGGAGAGUUUGAAUAUAUAAUCUCAGGCUUGCUAUAAUUAGCUCUGAUGACAGAGUCAGCCAAGACUAUAAAUCAGUUGCUAAACAGGUUUCUGCAACUGAUCAUAAAUCUUAGACUCCAUACUUUAAAUACUAAUUUUGAGGGGCAGACAAAUAAGGGAGGGGCUGGCCAAAACCAGAAGCAGAAUGUUACCUGAACAUUAGGUUUACACUUAAAACCUCACAUUUAAAAUCUACUGAUUGCUUUUAUGUCUUUUGUCUAAAAUGUUAUCUUUUAAAUAUUUUAAUAACUGAGUUUCCUUUUUU